AUGAUAAAGCUGCCUAAAAUAAAGGAGCUGCGAGAGCACGCCCACCCUCCAGCCGGCGGCGGGGGCGGAGAAGGGAACCGGGAGGAAGGGCGCGGCCCCCUCCGCCGGCUGCCGGCGACCGCGCGACCCGCCAGCCGCCUGCGGCCCCAGCUGGCCCCAGCUGAUUCGGGCGGCGGCGCGGGGUCCCGGCCGGCCCGCCGCAGCCCGGGACACCCGACGGCCGCCCAACAGUCCCACCCCGCCCUCCACCAGCCCGGCGGGGCCACACGCUCGUUCCUGGGGCCAGCCAGCGAGCUGCAGGGCAGGGUGGCCGGCAGUCACCCGGGGGGGCAGACACAAAGCCAACGAGGCCCCCCGCCCGUGCCUAGUGCCGGGCAGCCGGGACAGCGGCCCUUUUUAAAGACGACCCCCGCCCGUUGCCCAGCAGAGCUCGGACUUCACUUCGACGCCGGGGGCGCGGCGAGGCUGCAGAAGAGCAGGCCUCCCGACGACCGCGGCGGCGCGGAACCCCGGCGCGCCCCCGACACUGCGGCGGGGACGCGGCCCGUGGGGGCGGGGCAGCCGGGGCGGGGGAGGUUGCCGGCCAAACUGCCCGCGGAAGGGCCUCCCAGGCUGCGCCGCGAAUACUGGCCGGGCGAGAGACUGCGGCAGGAGGGCGCGGGCGCCGAGCGGAGGGGUCGCGACUGUUGCGGGCGCGCCGGCCGCCCCGGCUGCGCGGCGGGGGCGGGCCGACGGCGGCCGCCGCGCCUGGGCCUCACAAAGAGGAAACAGCCCAGCCCGUCUACCCGCAGCCCCGGCGCCGGGACCCGCCCAGAGGGGUCGAAGGCGGCCGCGCUGGGACCCCAGGGGGAGCGCGGCGAGAAAGAGGCACUUCCUGCCAGGGUCCCCCGCCCCGGGCCGAUUCCCGAGUGCUUCGAAGCCGUCGACCUGGAGGGCUCCUCAGCCUCCACCGGGCUCCGAGCCCGGCCCCCGCCAACCGCACUCACCCCGAGCGGCUGUGAGAUCCGCGGCCGCCGGCGGUUCUUCGCUCCUCAACUGGGAUGAAGCCCCUCGGCCACCCGAGUCUCCAGGUUUAGUCAGGCCCUGGCCUUGGCCCCGCCUCUCCCUGGUUGGGCCUCAGCGUCAAUCACUCGGCGUAGCUCCGCCCCUCGAACAGUGGGCUCUCCCAGUUGGCCCAGAAUGCCCUUCAUUUCUAGGCCCCGCCCUCAUUCCCGGCACCCUGCCCCUUCCGCUGGGCCCCGCCCCUUUUCUGGUUCACCCUCCCCCACUCCCUCACCCCUCCGCGGCGCUGCCCACCCCUCCCAGAAGCCGCAGAUCCUGAGCCAGCUCCCGCAGCUCGCCCCGCCCCUGACUCUACUUCUCGUACUCGUGCAGCCAAUCAAAGAGGCUAACUCUGCCCCUUCUCGGGAAGAGGCCAAUGUGAAGAGACUUAGGAUCCACCUCCUUCCCAGCUGAGAGCACACAACACAGCAUCCACGUGAGUCAGCUUCUUAAAGGAGAAGGCUCAGCUUUCUAAUUGCGGCAGCUGUAGGACCUCGCGCGUCAUUGGCGUCACCAGGUGGUAGCUAAGGCCUAGCUUUUUGAGGCCCAGUAAUGACAAAUGAAAACAACAGGCUGUUUUUCUAGGCAAAGGAGGUACCUAGAUAGUUAAAACGUACCGUGUAAUUAAUUUCCUUGAGACUGCUUACUCUAGUCACUCCUUAUAGAGCGCCACCAUUUACUUACAAACCCCGAACCCUUUGAAUCCCAGCAUAUAGGAAAUCCUGAAGAACAUCUAUGGAAAACGGCAUUUUUCAAGUGUGCUCGACUUAAUUUACAACUCUCUGAGUUUUCUCUUGGUAGUGGAAGUGAUUUUCAAGAAGAUGAGAAAAUUCAGAAUCUUUUACAUGGAGAUUGUCUGCCUAUGAAAGUCUGAGGUUUGUUGAAAAGGGUAGCUCUUCCCAUAACCAUCAUGAACACUUGAGAUAGAAGGCUUUGCAUCUCAUUUCAUUAGCAUUUCCCAGCAUCACCUUCAUUCCUCCCCCCCACCCCAAUCCUGUUGCCCAGAAUGUGGAUGCCGCCUGGACCACAGGACCAGGACUUUGCCCUAAGGAUGGAGGAGCAGAUGGCUGGAAGGAAUGUGGACCCCAAACACUGCAUAGAGUAGAGCUGCCAUAUGAGCCUGGGACUGCAUGAUUUGGGUUUUGUUUUGUUUUGUUUUGGUGAGGGGAGGGGAGGGACACUGCAUGUUUUUUACUUUAACCUGAAUUUAUGAGAACUUUGGGUAAUUUAAACAGACCAGCUCCUUUAGGCAGAAACAUAUAUGUAAGUCCAGUCACAACUUGGUAGUUAAAAUAUCAAUGUUAAUUAAAAUAUUAAUAACUUUCUCUUGAGUUGCA